CACCGAGAAAGCGCGCCUUGGCUCUCUGAUCGAGGUCGCCCAGAGAGAAGGAAGGGAACCUUGGUGCCCGGGACGCUCAGCCCAUCUCUGCAGAAAUGCCUCCUCAGAUCCAAAACGGCCUCGACUGCUCAGCCAAGGUGGUCCAGGGCACCCUGGACAGCCUGCCCCAGGCGGUGCGGGAGUUCGUGGAGAGCAGCGCCCAGCUGUGCCAGCCGGAGCACAUCCACAUCUGCGACGGCUCUGCGGAGGAGAACCGCCGGCUGCUGCACCAGAUGGAGGAGGCCGGGACCGUCCGGCGGCUGCGGAAGUACGACGACUGCUGGUUGGCUCUCACGGACCCCAGGGAUGUGGCCAGAAUUGAAAGCAAGACGGUCAUCAUCACCCCGGAACAAAGAGACACAGUGCCCAUCCCCCAAAGCGGCCCCAGCCAGCUGGGUCGCUGGAUGUCCGAGGAGGACUUUGAGAAGGCAUUCAACGCCCGAUUCCCAGGGUGCAUGAAAGGUCGCACCAUGUAUGUCAUCCCGUUCAGCAUGGGGCCCCUGGGCUCGCCCCUGUCGAAGAUCGGCAUUGAGCUGUCGGACUCCCCCUACGUGGUGGCCAGCAUGCGCAUCAUGACGAGAAUGGGGGCGCCUGUCCUGGAAGCGCUGGGGGACGGGGAGUUCAUCAAGUGCCUCCACUCCGUGGGGUGCCCUUUGCCUCUAAAGAGUCCUCUGGUUAACAACUGGCCGUGCAACCCGGAGCUGACGCUCAUCGCCCACCUGCCCGACCGCCGGGAAAUCAUCUCCUUCGGGAGCGGGUACGGCGGGAACUCGCUUCUGGGGAAGAAGUGCUUCGCCCUCAGGAUCGCCAGCCGGCUGGCCAAGGAGGAGGGGUGGCUGGCCGAGCACAUGCUGAUCCUGGGCAUAACCAACCCUGAGGGCCAGAAGAAGUACUUCGCAGCCGCCUUCCCCAGCGCCUGCGGGAAGACCAACCUGGCCAUGAUGAACCCCAGCCUGCCGGGCUGGAAGAUAGAGUGUGUGGGUGAUGACAUCGCCUGGAUGAAGUUCGACCAGCAAGGCAACUUGAGGGCCAUCAACCCAGAGAACGGGUUUUUCGGUGUCGCUCCUGGGACCUCGGUGAAGACGAACCCCAAUGCCAUCAAGACCAUCCAGAAGAACACCAUCUUCACCAACGUGGCCCAGACCAGCGACGGGGGUGCUUACUGGGAGGGCAUCGACCAGCCGCUGGCGGCCGGCGUCAGGCUCACCUCCUGGAAGAACAAGGAGUGGACCCCCGAGGAUGGGGAACCCUGUGCUCACCCCAACUCGAGGUUCUGCACCCCCGCCAGCCAGUGCCCCAUCAUUGACCCUGCCUGGGAGGACCCGGAGGGCGUGCCCAUCGAGGCCAUCAUCUUCGGAGGGCGCCGACCUACUGGUGUCCCUCUCGUCUACGAAGCUCUCAACUGGCAGCAUGGAGUGUUUGUGGGGGCGGCCAUGCGAUCCGAGGCCACGGCGGCUGCCGAGCACAAAGGCAAAGUCAUCAUGCAUGACCCCUUCGCCAUGCGCCCCUUCUUCGGCUACAACUUCGGCCGGUACCUGGCCCACUGGCUCAGCAUGGCCCAGCGCCCCGCGGCCAAGCUGCCCAAGAUCUUCCACGUCAACUGGUUCCGGAAGGACCGGGAAGGCAAGUUCCUGUGGCCCGGCUUCGGAGAGAACGCCCGGGUGCUGGAGUGGAUGUUCAACCGGGUCAACGGGGAGGGCGGCGCCGAGCUCACGCCCAUCGGCUACGUCCCCAAGGAGGGUGCCCUGAACCUGAAGGGCCUGGGAGACGUCAAUGUGAAGGAGCUCUUCCACGUCUCCAAGGAGUUCUGGGAGAAGGAGGCGGAAGACGUCCGGAGGUACCUGGAGGAGCAAGUGAACUCCGACCUGCCCUACGAAAUCGAGAGGGAGAUCCUGGCCCUGAAGCAGAGGGUCAGCCAGAUGUGAUCGGGCGCAGAGCCCCUCUGCCCGCCGGAGUGCUCCCAUUCCGACCCGGGGGGUGGGCUGGGAGCCGGAGAGAGCGGGGUCCCCUGAGGGGGCGCCGUCUGCCACCCCGCAGUGACCACCCCGCUGAGCAGAUCCGACGGGCACGCUUUAAUCGUUCAGACGAGACUGCAAGGGUACAGGCUAGCAGCGCGCGAGAUUGGGGCGGGAAUCUUACUUAGCAUGUCUCCGAAAUUCACGAUCCCGUGCACGUUGGUUCAAUCUGAAGGGCACGCAGGCAUUUCACCAUUUUUCACGGUAGUUGUAUCAGUUAGCAGCGAGGCACAGAACAAAGAGGACUUGAGCUGUAUAUAGGAGUGUGUGUGCAUGUGUGUGUGUGCGGAGUGUUUGUGUAUUGGGUGUGUGUAUCCAUAUCUAACACAUAUUUAAUACCUUUGGAAAAAUCUCGGGCACGGUGACCUACUAGUUGUUGCUGGAAAUGUCGCUUUAUUAUUAAUACGUGUGUUUAAAUUA